ACUAUCAAGCUGACAGCUGGACUGGAUGCCAUGGCAGACAGUGAAGUAGCCAUAGGAGUGAUCUUUUUGUCACAGACUAUGGUUGGAGCUCUGGGCAAUUUUUAUCUCCUCUACCAUUAUCUGUUGUCUCACUUCAGGGAAUACACAUUAAGAUCCACAGACUGGAUUCUGAUGCACUUAACUAUAGCAAACGUCUUAACUUUAUUGUGUAGAGGAAUGCCCCAGACAAUGGCAGCUUUUGGGCUGAAAGACUUUCUCAAUGAUUUUGAAUGCAAAGUGAUUUUUUAUCUCAACAGAGUGGGCAGGGGUGUGUCUAUAGGCAGCACUAGCUUCCUGAGUAUCUUCCAAGCCAUCACCAUCAGCCCCAUGGAAUCCAUAUGGGCAGAACUUAAAGGUAGAAGACAGAAACAUAUUGUUUCUUCUGUGUACCUGAGCUGGAUCCUAUAUAUGCUUGUCAGUAGUCUAAAUCUUGUGUACUUAAGAGCAAAAUACAACCAGAACAAUACAGCAAGCCUAAAAGAUCUAAAAUAUUGUGCUGCUACUCCUACUGAAAAAAUCAAAGACAUAUUAUAUACAACAUUGUUGUCAGUUCCUGAUUUUCUUUUUGUGGGGCUCAUGGUCUGGGCCAGCACCUCCAUGGUUCUUAUCCUACAAAGACACAAGCAGAGGAUGCAACACAUGCCCAGGGCCAAGGUCUGUUCCAGAUCUUCUCCUGAGUCCAGAGCUACUCAAACCAUCAUUUUCCUGGUAAGCACCUUUGCCUUCUUUUACACACUCUCCUGUAUCAGUAUGAUAUGUAUAAUUCUUUCUAGUCAUCACAGAUGGCUCCUGCUGCAGGUGUCUGCAUUACUUUCUGGGUGCUUCCCCGCUGUCAGCCCCUUCCUUCUCAUGAGCCAUGAGUUCAGUGUGUCCAGGUGUUUCUGCUUUAUCUCCAUAAAGAAUGCUUAG